CUGCUGUCGGGAUCCAUGGAGGAAGCUACCUGGCUGGAGUCCGUCAGAGGACGAGGGGAGGCUGGGAGGCCAGCAGGACUUUGGGAGAUCCCGAGACGUGGUCUGUCCCUGGGAAACCCCUCCCUUUCUCCACCAGGUCGAGAGGUGACCCCAGCGCACCAGUAUGGCUUGGCUGGGGGUAUCUCCUUCCCCUUCUUCUGGCUGGCUGGAGCGGGCUCAGCGGUCUUCUGGGUCUUGGGAGCCACCUUGGUGGUCAUCGGAUCCCACGCGGCCUUUCACCAGCUGGAGGCAACCAAUGCAGAGGAGCUGCAGAUGGAGCCUGUGUGAAGGUCCCCCCCACCUCUGCAGAGCAGGGAGGCCAAAGCCAAGGAGCCCCAGCUUGCUGGCCACCACCCUGUGCCCAAUCUUGCCAGUCUUUCCUGGAAGCCCCCCCCCCCCCGGAAAGCAGACGGAGAGUUUGGGAGCCUGGCAGAGGGCAAGCAUAGCCUGAGAAUAAGCAUAGCCUGAGAAUAAAGUCCAGCCCUCUACA